AUGUUAAAAUUUUAAGUAAAUAUAAAAGGUUAGGUUUUUGAUUUUGAGAUAUCUAAAAGUGCAACAAUAGCAGAACUGAAAGCUCUAAUUGGAUAGAAAUAAUAAGUAAUUUUUCAAUUCAAGUAGAUUUCAGCUCCCUUUGAUCUCUAUAUAUUUAAUCAACUUUUAAUAGAAGAUGGAACUGUUAAUAAGAUUAUAUAUAAUUGUAAAACAGAUUAUCUAGAUUUAAAAUUUAAAGAGAAGGUAGAAUUAAAAAAGUUCCAACAGUUUUAUAAUUAAGCUAAACCUCUUGUUUUGUGGAAGACAAUUAUGUCAACUAUAAAGUUUAUAGAUAAUUUUGAAGAACAAACAAAGUUAAAGACAUAAGACUUAAGUAAAGUGAAAAAUGUUCUUUCUUUCUUUUAAAAAGCACCUAAAUUGAUUAAAUAGAAGACUUCAAAUUUAAUUACUAUUUUUUCAGAUCGAGUUAAAGGAUAAACAAUGUUGAGUCAAAUUAGAAUGUAAGAAGAUGAUUAAGCUCGAAAUUUAAAUAAUGAUACUGUUUUAAAUAUUCUAAAUAAUAUGGAAAAUAAAGAUGAGAGAGUAAAUCAUCAUAAAGCUUUAAUCAAAUCUAAUAAAAAGAAAUAUAAAACUCCUAAAUUAAGUCCAUAAUAAGAAUAAUAUUUGAUAAGAAAAAAGAAAGCAAUUUCUUUAAUACAAGAUCCUGAUUAAAAUGAAAAAGCUAAGAUACUUAUAUAAGAGAUGAAAAAAUAAAAAGAACAAAUGAAAAUAAAGAAAUAAGAAUAAUUAGAUAAUAGUGCAGAAAAAAUUGAAUAGAGUUUAGAACAUUAUAAAUAAGAAAGAGAAAUUUUAAUGCAAUAAAUUACUUAAGAUAAGAGAAAUAGAAUUAUUGAAAGACUGAAUGAAAAUUAAAAGAAUCAUGAAUUACAAAAAUAAUUUAAUAAAUAAUCUUAAUAACUUAUAAAUGAGUUAAAAAAUAGAAUGAAAAAACAAUAGGAUUCUCUCAAAAAUAAGGAUGAACAAUUAAAAUCAAUUUAUUAUGAAGAAGCAAAAGUAAUUAAGAUUCUAUUAAAACUAGUUAAAACUUUAAGAAAAAAAGAAAUAAGCUUAACCAAUAAGAUUAUAAGAAUUAAAUUAGCAUGAAGAAAAUUAUUUAGAGAAUAGGGAAAUGCUUAAAUUGUAAAGAGAUUAAAAAAAAUUGGAAUGGGAAAUAAAAAUUAAAUCAGAAACUAAAUCAUUAUAUAAAGAUCAAAAAGUUUUACAAGAAGUUAUGAAAAUUGAUUAAUAAGUGAAGAAUAAAGAUAUAUUAGAGUAAAAAAAGAAAUAGGAAUUUAAAGUUAGAAAAUAAAAAUAUUCUGAAAUAAUUUAAGAAUUUCAUAGACCAAGUAAUUUUAAUAAAAUGGAUGUUUAAGAAUCAAUUGAUGAUUAUUCAAUUAAUUAAUCUAGAGAUUCUAGAAUAAAAUAAGUAGUAAGAUAUUAAAAUAAAUCAUAAUUUGUUGAAUAAUUUGUAAAUUAAGGAAUCUAAAAAAAUAGUAAUUUUUAAUUAAAUCUUUUAGUUAAGAAAAUUUAAUCAGCAUUAAGUUAAUAACAUAUAACAUAAAAAACUAAAAUUACAGAAAGCCUUCAAUAAGGUAAAAUGCCUGAUGCAAAUACAUAUUUUCAUUUAAGGGUACAUACUCCAUUGAAAUCAAUAAUUCAAGAGAGUUCAGGAAUAAAGAAACAGCCAGAUUAUUUGAGGGAAUUUGAAAGAGAAAGAAAAUCUUUGCAUUAAAGUGCUUUACCAUCUCUUUCAGGAUUAAACAAGUAAUUUUGAUCACUAUGAUAAAAGGAAAUUAAAUCCUUAAUAAGAAAUACAUCUACUCUAAAGAUUAGAGCAAGAAGCAAAAAAGAAGGAAUAAUUAGCUCAAAUCAGUUAAAAUGAUGAUCUUUAAGUAGAAGCAACAGAUUUAUAUUUGAAAAGUGUUUAAGCAAAAUUGUAAUUUUUGGAUAAGAAAUUAUCAAAUUUUUGA